AUGGGUCAUGGUAUUUAUCCUGCAGCGUAUCUUUCUAUCGGAGCAUGUGCGCGGUACGCAUAUGCUCUGGGCAUAAACUGUAAUAAGCGGCUAAAUGUAAGAAGGGUUCUUACGAUGUUGGAGGUGGAAGAGAGAAGAAGAGUUUGGUGGGCUAUUGUAAUUCUGGAUCGUUUCGUAAGCAUAGGAUCACCAGGGAGGCCUUUCGCAACCUCGGAUCCAAACAUAGAUGAUACAUUACCAUGCGACGACGUAGCGUGGAACCAAGGUAUCAUCAAUUCCUCCAGUUACUCUACCUUAUCCUCUCCAACCACAAGCCACAUGAGUAAAUUCGCUCUGCUAUGUCAAGCUGCGAGAUUAUUGGGCCAAGUGCUCAACCAUGUGUCUGGCGAUUCAUCUCAUGACGAUGAAUUAUGGAUGCAAUUAGAUCGGACGGUAACCUCUAUGCUUGAGGCUUCGGUGAAUGUGGAAAAUCCAGAUUGCGAUCGCAUUGCGUUUAUUUACAGCACCCUUCUAGCCCUACACACAUCAUCCCUCUCUCCACACCCAUCAAAUCCUCCAUCCCCUCUAAACCAGCACCGCGCUGAACGCAAAGCCCAACUCCUCCAACGCAUAACCCACCGAAUCAUCGCAAACAUGUCAACUCCCCAUUCCCUCUUAGGACGCGAUCCCAAAAGCAUGUCCUUAUGGGCGUUGUUUUUCGGCUACCAUAUGUGUGUUGAGCAGAUCAGAUCUAAAGAUCCAUCUUCCCACGAUAUUGUGGUUCUCGUGAGGAAGGGAUUUGAGGAGGCGGAUGUGAGAUGGAAUGUUGCUGGCGUUUUAUCUUCGGUUGCUUGAGGCGCAUGAGGUGAUGAACAGCUAUUGAGAUGCAUUAGGGAUGAAGAUGGGAAAUUUGGGAAUAGAGGAUCUCUAAUUGGGGAUUAUAUGAAUCAAGAAAACAAUGCUAUUGCUUAAGCAGGUGAUUCAAUCGUCUUGGAAUCAAGAGCCCCCAGAAUGCAUGUACUUGAUAGCUGCCAUUUUUUGGUAGUAGUGGAAUGGC